CCCCCGCCCCGCUCAGCCGCCCCUCUCCAAAUAAAUCAGCACCAUGACUACUUCUGGGCAUGGAACAAAGAGGAUGCUCUCCCGGGGCCCCGCGCUGCUCCUGGCGCCGCUGCUGCUCCUGUGCCGAGUGGUGGAGAGCCGAGGAGGGAUCAUGGACAGCAUCCAGAGAUUCUCCAACCUGCCAACCUAUCUCCCUGCAAACCCCCACAUCUCCAAUGCUGAUACUUUCUUCUUCCUCAAGGAAGCCAACCAGGAUAUCAUGAGGAACUCCAGUUUGCAGUCCAGGGUGGAUUCAUUCUUUAUAUACAAAGCCAAACAGCCACCUGUCCUAAAUGCCACGUACGGACCCUUUUCUGUUGAACAACCCGUUCCCUUGGACCUCAUGCUGACUUCUGCAUCUUUUGGUUUCACAAAUAAAUUCACUUUUAAUUGGAAAUUAAAAUCCCACAUAAUCAACAGCUCAAUCUAUUCCAACAAACCCAAAAUACAGACCCUGUUCUAUAUAGCAGGGAAGGACUGGGAUGACUACGACUCCGAGGAGAUGCUGCCUUGUGUGAAGAUGUUUGCUUUCCUGGAGUCCAGAGAAGUGGUGGCCAGCUGCAGAUUGACAGGCCACCUGGGAUUAUGUGUGGUGGAGCUGGAAUUGUCUCCCAGCUGGUUCAGCUCCCCUCCACCCCUGCUUUCAGAGGAAACAGCCUCCCUGGAAGGGAUUACUGUGGAGCUCUUCUAUAAGAUUUAUGCAGUGGAUGGGGAAUGUUCUCCAGAGGAUGCAAAAUGGGAAAACAAUAUCCAUGCAGGGGAAGAGAAUGAGCACCAAGCUUUGUCAGCCAUGGAGAGGAUUGGUAGCAUCGUUGUUUACCCAAAUCAGGACAAAUUAAAGCAGUCUUCGCUGAGGGUGGAUGAAAAUAUCCUUAUUCACUUACCACUCAGCCCGGUCAGAGAGGGGGACAUUGUGACCUUCCAUGUUUUCCUGGCUGAUUACUCGCUAGCAGACCAGUUCGUAUUAAGGAUCAGGACGGCCCCGGGCGUGAGGAUCUCGGACAUCAGGGUGAGCGACGCUGACCAGUGGGGAGUGCAGGAGGAGACGGACAGCGCGCGGAGCACGGCCACGCUCACCUGCGUGCACAACGACCCCGGCGCCAUGGACAGAGCAAACAUGACCUCCUACGAGAUCCUGCAGAUGGAUUUUGAGGUUGACAACGGCAGCAGCCUGGCAGGGGCCCAGCAGAUCACCUGGCAGGUGGAAUACCCGCGGGACGACUCGGUCAGCGAGCUCGUGGUGUCCGAGAUCUUCGUCAGCCGCACCAUGUUCGUGGGCAUCGUGCCCCUUGCCAUGGACACAGAAAUCCUCAACACGGCCAUCCUGACGGGCAGGAUGGUGGCAGUGCCAGUCAAGGUGGUGGCCGUGCAGGAGGACGGCUCCGUGGUCGACGUCUCCGACUCCACCGAGUGCAGAUCUGCUGAUGAAGACGUGGUCAAGGUUUCUGAGAGCUGUGACUCCAUCUUUGUUAACGGCAAGGAGAUGAAGAGCAAAGUGGACACCAUAGUGAAUUUCACCUACCAGCAUUUCACCACGCAGCUGGAGGUGACGGUCUGGGUGCCGCGGCUGCCGCUGCAGAUCGAGAUCUCCGACACCGAGCUCAGCCAGAUCAAGGGCUGGAGGAUCCCUGUCACCUCCAACAAAAGGCCCACGCGGGACAGCGAGGAUGAGGAGGAUGACGAGAAGAAGGGCAAAGGCUGCACCCUGCAGUACCAGCACGCCCUGGUGAGGGUCCUGACGCAGUUUGUGGCCGAGUCCUCGGAGCUGGGGGGCCACCUGACCUACCUGCUGGGCUCGGAGUGGCAGUUCGACAUCACGGACCUGGUGGCCGAUUUCAUGAAGGUGGAGGAGCCCAAGGUGGCCAAGCUGCAGGAGGGCCGGGUGCUGGCUGGGCGAGAGCAAGGCAUCACCACGGUGCAGGUGCUGUCCCCUCUCUCGGAUUCCAUCCUGGCAGAGAAGACAGUGAUAGUUCUGGACGACAGGGUGACCAUUGCUGACCUGGGGGUGCAGCUGGUGUCAGGCCUGUCCGUGUCCUUUCAGAGCAGCAAAGGGAACAAGAGAGCCAUCCUUGCCACCACCUCUGCCCACGACAUCCUGCGCACUCCCAAACAGGAGGCUGUGGUGAGUGCUUGGGUUCUGUUCAGCGACGGGGCGGUGACGCCCUUGGACAUCUACGACUCCAAGGACUUCUCCAUGGCCAUCACCUCCCUGGAUGAGAUGGUGGUGUCCUCACACCAGAGCCUGCAGUCCCUCUGGCCCGUGGUGGUGGCAGAAGGGGACGGGCAGGGGCCCCUGAUCAAAAUUGAGAUGGUGAUCAGCGAGCCCUGCCAGAAGACCAAGCGCAAGAGCGUUCUGGCCAUGGGGAAAGGAAACGUCAAGGUGAAGUUUGGUCAGAAGGAUUCGGACCAGAAAGGGAGCACCAACGACAUCGAUGAUGUGGAGAAAGAUUUUAAAAGCCAUGCCAGCAACGCCAUAGAGAAAGCUGCAGAGCAAGAGAGGACAGCACAAGACUGGUCCAAAAACCACGAGGACGUGUCCGGUCCUGAGGACAAUGCAAACAAAAGCACAACUUUCAUCUCUCCCAUUGAUCAGGAGUCCCUGGAGGAUGGCCAGCUUCAAAACAACCCAACUGCCUUCACAGGUUUCCCUGCCCAGGUAGAAAUACCAGGAGAAAGCAAUCCCAGUGACCUCUCAUUGACUUCCAGAGGAUUGACAGACCUGGAGAUUGGCAUGUACGCUCUGCUCUGUGUUUUCUGCUUGGCAAUCUUGGUGUUUCUGAUUAACUGCGUGGCGUUUGCUUGGAAGUACAGGCACAAAAGGUUUGCUGUGAGUGAGCAAGGCAACAUCCCCCAUUCCCAUGACUGGGUCUGGCUUGGAAAUGAGGUGGAGCUCCUGGAAAACCCAGUGGACAUUUCGCUCCCAUCGGAGGAGUGCACUACGAUGAUUGACAGAGGGAUGCAGUUUGAAGAAAGCAACUUUCUCCUUAAUGGGAGCUCUCAGAAGACUCUUCAUAAUCAUAUCCUCAGAUCUUCUGAGUACCUUUGUGAAAAAGAAGUUAAAAGUGAACCUAUAAAUCCUUCUGGGCCAAAGCAGAAGCGAGUAAAGUUCACUUCAUAUACAACAAUACUGCCAGAGGAUGGAGGCCCCUACACCAACUCAAUUCUAUUUGACAGUGAUGAUAAUAUUAAAUGGGUAUGCCAAGAUAUGAAUCUUGGUGAUUCCAAGGAACUUAGGGACUAUAUGGAAAGACUGCAAGACAAUAUGUAAAACUACUUUCUUAUGUUUGUAAUCACCUUUAUGCCUUCUGUUUAUGGAUGGUGGAGCAGUCAGUCCAGUCAGCAAUAGGAACAAGACAGCCCAACCCUGGAGGUCCUGAGAUGAUAACCUGAUGGCAGAGAGCAGGUCCAAGAGGCUGGCUGAGUUAAUCCUGUUUCACCACAAACCAGGAUGUGCCCCUAAAGCAGCUCCCUGUAGGUGCUGGAGGUGUCACACACGAUGGCUGUUGCUGUGUACUGCCUGGUUCGAGCAAAAUGCUGAUCCACCUGCGCUCAGACUCAGAGGAGACUCCAUUUGUUGGUCAUCUCUCAUGAGAAAUGGUCAAUCAGAAAAGAAAGGGAUGUUUGUUUGCAUUGAUUUUUUCUAGUCGUCGUCCUUUGUAAAGCACAGUGGACAUUUCUUGCUCACAGCCUGAGAGGAGGCUCACGGAAAAAGGGAUUGGAAUGAAUCUCAUUUUAUUGCCUAUGUGCAAUGCAGCCAAGUAGUCUUAUUAUUUUUUACAGAUAUAAAAAACCCCAUGUGGUUAAUUUCUUCUUAUAUUGUUUGUGAAUUUUAUUUGACUUAGGGAACAUUAAAUAUUUUCUUUGAAGGGGUUUGGUUUUUUUUUGGUAGUACCAAAGUGUAGUACAGUAAUAUUUAUAAUGAUUUGAGUUUUUUAUUCAUCUGCUUCAGCCCCCAGAGAUACCUCCUUCAUCACUGAUUAUCUUCUCCUUUCCAUAUGGGUUGUUAGUAUUUGAAACAUAGAAAGGAAUUAGAACUCUUACUGGGAAAGGGUUGUGUCUUCUUACAGGGAACUGUAAAUAUAAUAAUAAACCCUGGAAAAUAAAAAACAAGGAGUAGCCCUGGGUUCACUUUUGUCAUUGCUAAUAUGAAAAAAUAACCUGUAAAAAAACCCAGUACAUACUUCAAAGGGAAAUGCUUUGCUAAAACAGUAGCUUGGCUGACAAUACCUGUUAUUAUCUGAGUGGGAAAGUCAAAUGUGGCACUGGAAUGCAUAAAGUGGGAAGGAAAAUGUCGUAGGAAACAAGCAAAGCUUGGAGUCACAGUUUCUCUAUGCUAAUGAAUCCACUGGGGGUAGAGUUCAGCAGGCCAGAGAAGUUCAUGCUCAGCAGCCUUGUCUAAACAUCCCUGGCCAUGAAGCCAUUAAAGAGAAAAACUUUACACCAUUUCCAUUAAAAAGGGAAGAAAAGACACAUGGAGACUGCAGCCACACAAGGGACUACCCAAUUUUAUCAAGGAAAGCAAAGCUGCCAUUUCAUAUGCAUCACAUCUAUUUUUUUACUGAAGGAUGGCUCAGAUAAAUUGAAAAUUACAGUUAGGAAAAACCUGAAUCUACAGAAUACUUAAACCCCCCAAAUAAAUCUCAUGUUCUUGUGAUGGAUCCUGUGCAACAACCACAAGAGCCAAAUUCCAACUGCCUUACAUACUGGAGCUCCCAUCCUUUAGGCAGAUCAAAGCAAGAUUUGAAUUUAUAUAUAAACCAGAAAAUUGUAGGAAAUUCUGCAUUUGGGUCCUAACAACAACUGGGAACUAUUUAAUGUAACUGUAGCAAAAUACAGGAAUUUUAACAUUGAGACUAGAAGCGAGGACACCAGGCUUAUAUAAGUGAUUAGAGACUUGCUUUUGCUGGCACUGAACUGCACAGGGAGGAGAUGGCAUCUGUUAAAAUCUAAUUUUGAGGAGAGAAAAUAAUAGAGCACAGAUAUGCUUCUGUUUCAUAAGGGAUGCAGCACUUGUGCGUCAGAUGAAGUCUUGGGUUGUUUAACAAAUGUUCUCUCCCCUUUCAGUGAUCCAGGAAAUAAGGAAAGAUGAAUUCCUACAAUGAUCCUUAUCACUAACAACAUAAAAACCCUUUUUAGAAUCUAACUUCUCUUUCCAAUGCAUUAUUUGGCCCAACCAGAGAGCAGAACAAAAAUCCCCUAUUUACUAUUGUUUGCACAAUACACUGACCCCAACUGACCUCAGACUGAUCGACUCUUGAAAUCAGAGGAAGCAAGCUCUGCUGGCAGGUGCAGAGGGCAAAGCGCCCAAAGAGCAAAGCCUCAGUGAGCCAGCGAGGCCGUGGCCUCACAGAGAGCUGUUUCUUCAUGGAAGUGUUUCCUUCCACUCCCUCUGAGGCUCUGUCUCCUCAUGGAAACCUUUCCUUCCAUUCCCACUGAGGUUCCACUUCCUCAUGGGAACCUCUCCUUCCAUUUCUGUGAGGCUCCUCAUGGAAACCUUUCCUUCCACUCCUGUUUUGGGUUCCAUUUCCUCACGGAAACCUUUCCUUCCACUCCUGUUUUGGGUUCCAUCUCCUCAUGGAAACCUUUCCUUCCAGCCCUGCUGAGUUUCCAUUUCCUCAUGGAAACCUUUCCUUCAACUCCUGUGAGGCUCCUGGUGGAAACCUUUCCUUCCACUCCUGCUUUGGGUUCCAUUUCCUCAUGGAAACCUUUCCUUCCAGCCCUGUUUUGGGUUCCAUUUCCUCAUGGAAACCUUUCCUUCCACUCCUGCUUUGGGUUCCAUUUCCUCAUGGGAACCUUUCCUUCCAGCCCUGCUUUGGGUUCCAUUUCCUUAUGGAAACCUUUCCUUCCAGCCCUGCUGAGGCUCCAUCUCUCAGCUGGAGACUGUCCCUUGGAGGAUCCCAAAGUUCAGGGGCUUCCUGCUGACACCCUAGGGUGUCCCUGAUGCCCAGUCCCUGGCUGUCCCUCGUGCCUGGGCACUCAGGGAGGGGCCAGAGCCACCAGGGGACACCUCUGGCCUUUCCAGAACUUUCCUGGUGCUCCUGGGUCUGGCUGACCCCAAACCCACUGGGGCAGGAGGUCACGGGUGCCUGGGGCUGUGUUCCACGUGCCACUGAGGGUCAGCUCCUCAGGGAGGUCUGGGUGGCUCCGUGGCUGAAUUUGGGCUGGUUUUAGAGCCACAGAGGUGGUGUCCUCCUCUGCCCAAGCUAAAUGACAAUUCCUGCCCGUCAGGAGGAGCACAGCUGCUGCUGGGAAGCAGUUAAACAAAGGAACUGGGAACCAGUUAAACACUGGAACUGGGGACAGCUGUCCCCAAAAAGACCCCAAUCCUCAAAUCUUGCAAUAGGGGGACAAAAAGAAAGGUCUGUAGGUUCAUAAAUUUUCUUUUUCUUUUCCAUCACAUGUCAUCACAUGAAAGCUCUUACAUGGAAAAUGGCAAUACAACCAUGGAAAAAAAGCAAUACAGAAAAAGAGAGAAGAAGUGGGAAGAGAGAACUCUCUAUUUUCAGUAAAACUGGGAUAACACCAAUAAAGUGGAGUUAUUUUAUCCUGGUUUGAGCCUUUAUGCUACUUCUCGUAAGAUGAAAGGAAAAUCUAUUCAACAUGAAUGUAUCUGAUGCAAAAAGGUUCUGAGUUGAUAAUUUCCUUUUAAAUUAAGUAUCUCAAAUUUUAAUUUCAAAGUUAUGGCAUACUCUAUAAAUUUAAGCAAAUUCAAUUUUAAAUUAUUUUAAACAUCUCCUCCCCCCCGAUUUUCCCACUCACCUAAAUAUUUUUCAGUGUUGCUGUUAAAUACAAUAUUUUAUUUAUGGAAUAUAUAAUAUUCCACUUUGCUGUUAACUGAACAGCAUUUACACAUUGAUGAAAGAGUCUCUGCUUUUGAGAGAACAAAGCAAUGGUAGCCAAGUGAUCAAAAGGCACAAAAUGUAUGUAUGUAAGUACGUGUGCAGGAAAGUAGAAUUGUCUGCAAAUAGGAGCAGAUGAGUUAGAAUGCUGCUUCAGUAGGUGCCUAGGGAAGCAAUACCUGUGAUUCAAAAAUACCAAACCAACGCCAUCUCUGACUGCUGGGGGUGCAGAGGGGGCUCUGCUGCUCUCAGGGUGUGUGAGAACAUCCCACAGGAGAGCCCAGAGCAGCCCUGUGGGCACAGAGGGGUUAACGGGGCAUGCAGAGCAGCCCCGUGGGCACAGAGGGGUUAAUGGCACACGGGGCGCUGCCAACUUUGAAAACAAAGCUGGUGGCAGCCCCCAGCCCUGCCAGGGCAGCAGGGACAGGGUGUGCCCAGGACAGGGAAGGGAGAGCUGCCAGUUCCCACGGGCAGAACCUUUUGUUUCCUUCACCCCACAGUGCCCAGCCAGGGCUCCCUGUGCCCCUUCCCCACCCUUAGGGUCCCUGCCAGCUCCUGGGGCUCCUUGUGCCCCUUCCCCACCCUUAGGGACCCUGUCCUGUUCUUGGAGCUCCCUGUUCCCCUUCCACACCCCUUAGGGACCCCUUAAAGACUCUGCCCAAUUCUUAGGUCUCCCUGUGCCCCUUCCCCACCCCACAGGGACCUUUGGGGCUCCCCGUGUCCCUUCCCCACCCUUAGGGACCCCUUAGGGACCCUGCCCCACUCUUGCCCCCCUGUCCAACCCCCCACGUUCAUGUUUGGAGCUGCUGGUCCUUAACUCAUCCUGGGGAAUGUACAAGCAGACCUUACAGCCAUAGACAGUGCAGAGAGUCCAUCAGAGAAUGGAGAGACCCUUGUCUGGUGAGGUGGGGUGAAGACCCCCCCAAGGAAAUGCAGAUUUUCCUAGCAGAUGUGCUCUUCUAUGGAUUAUAAAUCAUGUGCACUACAUUGAAAUACACGGGAGUGUAUUGUGAACUGCAUACAUUAACUGCUGAAUGAUAACACUGGAAAUGUAUAUACAUCACACCCCAGAUAUUUAUACAAUAUAAUAAGUCUUAGAUGUAUAACAUAAUGAAUUCUGUACAAAAUAAACUGUAAGUUAAGACAAUGAAACAGAACUUUUAUAUCUGUGUAAUUUGUAUGCUGAUUAAGUUAUUCAAGCUUCAGUUUUCAUCUUUUAAUGUGCCCUUUAAAAAAAUACUUAUUUUCUAUAGGCAGAUGUCUGAAAUAAAGACUUGAGUCUUCAGAAGAGAAGCAAAUGAAAGACUGAAAGAAACAGAUUUUGCUGGAGAAAUAAAAAUAAUGUU